AUGGGUGUCAUCCUAGGCUACUGGGACAUCCGUGGGCUGGCCCACUCCAUCCGAAUGUUGCUGGAGUACACGGGCACCCCAUACGAGGACAAGCAGUACAGCUGCGGAGAAGGUCCUGAAUAUGACACAAGCCAGUGGACUAACGAGAAGCAGAACCUGGGGCUGGAUUUCCCAAAUCUGCCCUAUCUCAUUGAUGGCAAGACCAAGCUCACGCAGAGCAAUGCCAUCCUCCGCUACAUCGCCCGCAAGCACAACAUGUGUGGUGAGAGAGAGGAGGAGAUGAUCAGAGUGGACAUGGUGGAGAACCAAGUGAUGGAUUUCCGCAUGGGUUUUGCAAAGAUCUGCUACAGCCCUGACUUUGAGAAACUGAAGCCGGAGUACUUGGAGCAACUGCCUGGGAAGCUGAAGCUGUUCUCCCAGUUUCUGGGGGACAGGAAGUGGUUUGCUGGGGAGAAGCUCACCUAUGUUGAUUUCCUCAUGUAUGAUGUGCUGGAUCAGCACCGCAUGUUUGAGCCCAAGUGCCUGGACCAGUUGAAGAACCUGAAGAGCUUUCUUGAUCGCUUUGAGGCCCUGGAGAAGAUUGCUGCCUACAUGCAUUCUGGCCGCUACAUGAAGACCCCCAUUUUCUGGAGAAUCGCCCAGUGGUGCAGCAAAAAGGAGUAGGAUCACCUUGAGUCCAGCAGGCUCUAAAGAGCCCCCUUGACACAAGUGGGCAUCCGAGAAGAGCGCUGUGAUCUCAGGAAUCGCUCUGCCCUGCACAACGUUGCUGAGCAGUGAAUCAGUCAUAGCCAAAAGCUGUGAGCCCCAUCUGUAUGCAAUUUCCCAUGCUGUUGGCUAAUGAAAGUAGUUUGAUGAUU